UUAUUCAUCUGUUCAGGGAUCCCCGAGCAUCCAUUUUAUCCAGGUUUACGUCUACCCAAGCCGGCUGCAAGUUAGAGUUUGAGGCCAGCGCAAGAUGCUAUGACAUGUCCAAGGAUCUGACUACCGGUGGACAUCUUUUCAAAAAAUACCCGGGGCGAAUCAUGCGAAUUCUGUACGAGGACAUGGCGGAUUAUCCUGUGGAAACAGCACAAAAGAUACAUACGUUUCUGGGAAAAGAGCUACCGAAAAAUGUUCUAGAUUGGGUUUUGGAAAACACAGCGGCUGGUGUAAAUGACACGGAGUUGUUCGAGACCACCCGAGCUAACUCCAGCGAGACUGCGCAUGCUUGGGAAUUGAGUAUCCCGACCGACAUGGCUUUCAAGAUAGACGAGAUCUGUUAUGAUGUGAUCGAAGAGCUAGGGUACGAAAAAUUUCCAGACAUUCUCAAUCGUGUGAAGGACCGACGCACCAGUGAAACCGAAAUGCUGAUGGACGAUAUCAAACCUACCACCCCGAAACCACCAUUUUCUCUAGACAGCGCUCGUUUAGAAAUAGGCGCGCCAGGAGAUCUGAAUAUCGCUCAGAUCGAAAAGGUUUUGUUUGACGCUAAGGCCUUGAUAAGUGACAGAAAAGCCACCUACUUGCACGACGAACAGACGACGGAACAUCCAUUUGAAGUCGAAGGAAAUCAUGAGAAUCAUCCAACCGACGACCACCAUGGACAUGACGUCACGGAUGACCCUUCUUUAUUUGGCGUGAACAACGCAGGGGAUGGCCUGAACUGGAAAGAUGGGCACCUCGGCAGUCCUGAGGGUAUCGAAGGGUACGGGUCAGCAGAAGAUAACUGGGAAGAAAUGGACGACGAAAUUAACACUGAAAUCGACACCGAUUUAGAGAAGAUAUACCCUCAGAAGGACGUAAUCGAUGAUGAUGAUAAGCAUUUGUUUAAUAAACUCAUGUCUGACUGGAACGAGGAAGAAUUCUUAAAGGAGAUCGAUGAUUGGGAAAAUGGCCAACCGCUUGAAAUGAACGUCCCGGACAGCCAGAAAGGUCUGGUUGAUGGUGAUUAUGAAGAUAUUUUGAUCAAGUUCAAGCAGAAAUUGCGACGACUGUAGACUGGCUGUGGUGGGUGUUCUAUCUUCUCUACUGCAAUAUAUCUGACGUUACGAGCAAUACUAAUGCAAUAAGUCGCCUUGUUUUGGGUGAAGGUUUUUGUUUGAAGGCAAAUCAAAAUUAUAUUUACCUUUAUCACUUAAAGACUACAUCAGAUAUUUUGAGAAUUUCAGGCAGGCCGUUUUCCUUUCGUUUUCAUUGGAAACUGAGGGCAUGGUAAUUAUUGAUAGUUAUAGCGCUUAUUCUUUAUUAGUCUUUUAGUAUGAUCUUUAUCAACAUCAUCACGUAAAAAAACACAGUUUUCUUUGUUAUGUUUCUUAUAAGAAGAACUGAAUUCACGUUGAUAUUAGUCAAACAGGCUAUUUCUCUUUAAUUUCAACCUAAUAUGAUAAGGCUUCGAAAAUAAAAGUAGGCGAUUCCUUAAUA